AUGAUCGAAGAUUUAUCUUCUAUUUUUCUACAGGAUUCGUUGAAACAACUUGACUUAGCAGUACAUAAAGAAGGAAGCCAUGGGAUUUUACCAACAUCAGAAUUACAGGAUUUUUUGUAUCAUGGACAUAACAAUAAUUUGUCUAAAUACCCUCAAUUAGAACAAAAACAAGAUAUUUCACAAUCUCUUGAAAUUUGGGCAAAAAAGAUUUAUUAUCAAUCAGAUGAUUUACAAAAAUCAGUUCAAAAGAAUUCAGAAAAAUAUUUGGAGCGUCAUGAAGAAUUGGAAAGAUUGAUAAAAGAAUUUCGAUUAGAUUGUUAUGCAUGGUUAGAAUCUGCAAAAGAGCAACAUAGGGCUCGAGAAAACGAAUUAAUGGAGAAAGAAGGAAACUUUAGACGAAUUUGUAAUACAAUUUCCGAUACUAUUAAAGCCAAUGAAUGUAAAAUUCACAAACUUGAAUCGAUGGUUGAACAGUUAUCAUCAAUUAUCGUAGCUCAAGAAGCUAAAUUUUUAACUUUUGAGGCUAAACAACUAGAAAAUCUGAAACCUUUACAUCUAACUAUGAAUCAAAUCCUCAAUAUCAUCAGUCAACGUCAAACAGAUCAACACCAAAAAGAUCAUUAUCCAGUGAAUCCACCCUCAGAAAAGCAAAAUAUUGAAAAUAAAGAUAGUAUUUCAUCUUUUGUCAAAACAAAUACACGAAAGAGAAUACUCUUAACAUCAGACGAAUUAAAAGAUCUUGGAAAAGCCCUAAACGAGUAUAAAGAAGACAAGAAACAAGUAAUUCCUAUUCGAAAAAAUAAUAACAGGACACAUUUAAAGAGAAGGUUUUUUAUUUUGCAGAUAUUGAGUGAACAUUCAACAACUCAGGAAGAAAAUGGCAGAAACAGUGUUACAGGAAGUUUAUCUCAAGAACUUGGUCAUCUUCGUAUACUUCGUGCUACACUAGAAUCUUUACGUAAAAUAACGGAAAAGAUUUCAUGUGAUAUCCAAACGACUUGUGAAAAUUAUCAAGAUAUUAUCGAAUUAAAUAAACGUUGGGAACGCAUAGCAGAUGAUACAACUGAAUAA